UGAAAAACAAACACACUCCUCACUCUCGAAGCGGCAGCGGUCAUGAAAGAUAAAGAAACCCAUCUUCGUCCACAAAUCAAAUUAAAUAAAAACCCUAACUCUCCUCUGCUUUCUCUCUCCAACAUUUCAAUAACAACAUUUCAUUCCUUAUCCGGAUCGACCUGCCGGAGCUCCGACCUGUCAAAUGGCGGAGAGAGAGGGACGGAACGGAGAUGAUCGGAGUGAGACUAGUGAUUACACGUCGGAGGACGAGGGGACCGAAGACUACAGGCGCGGAGGCUACCACGCUGUCCGAAUCGGAGAUACAUUUAAGCACGGGCGUUACAUAGUCCAGAGCAAGCUCGGUUGGGGUCACUUCUCCACUGUCUGGCUAGCUUGGGACACUCUAAAAUCCAAAUAUGUGGCCCUGAAAGUUCAAAAGAGUGCUCAGCAUUAUACUGAAGCAGCAAUGGAUGAAAUUACAAUACUAAAGCAAAUUGCUGAAGCGGACCCUGAUGAUAUGAAGUGUGUUGUGAAGUUACUGGAUAACUUUAAACAUUCAGGCCCUAAUGGUCAACACGUUUGCAUGGUUUUUGAGUACUUGGGUGAUAAUCUGCUGACCCUCAUCAAGUAUUCAGACUAUCGAGGGAUUCCUCUUCACAAGGUGAAGGAAAUUUGUGCCCACAUUCUAGUUGGUCUAGAUUAUCUUCAUCGUGAACUCUCUAUAAUACACACAGACUUAAAGCCAGAAAACAUUUUACUUCUAUCGAUGAUUGAUCCAGCCAAAGAUCCAAUAAAGUCUUGUGCGCCACUCAUUCUCCCAUCCAGUAAAAACAAGGUUGUCUCAGAGACUGGGUGUUCAAAGGAGACUAGGAGCUCAAAUGGUGAUCUGACAAAAAACCAGAAGAAGAAAAUACGGAGAAAAGCUAAGAGAGCUGCUCAAAGAUGUACUGGAAAAGAAGCUUCUGAUGAACUUGAGCCAGAUAAUGAAGUAGGUACUCCUGAACAUUCUAAUCAUGAGGAAAAUCCAGAUGGGGACUUAAAUGAUGAUCACACUGAGUCUAGAUCCCAAGAAGAUGUACCCAAAAAAAACAGCGGAAACUUGAUAGAUGGGAACCAAGAAAUUCAGAAACAUAAGAGAGGCAGCCGUUUGACAAGGCAGAAGCUGUUAGCUGAAGUGGAACUCAAAUGCAAAUUGGUCGAUUUUGGGAAUGCAUGUUGGACUUAUAAACAGUUCACAAGCGAUAUCCAGACCAGGCAAUAUAGAUGUCCAGAAGUGAUCCUGGGUUCCAAAUAUUCAACUUCUGCAGAUCUAUGGUCCUUCGCUUGCAUUUGUUUUGAGUUGGCAACUGGAGAUGUCCUUUUUGAUCCUCACAGUGGUGACAAUUAUGACAGAGAUGAGGAUCACUUGGCCUUGAUGAUGGAGCUUCUUGGGAUGAUGCCGCGAAAGAUUGCCUUAGGGGGGCGCUAUUCACGGGAAUUCUUUAAUAGAUAUGGAGACUUGAGGCACAUUAGGCGGUUGCGGUUCUGGCCGAUAACUAAGGUGCUCAUGGAAAAAUAUGAGUUCACUGAGAAAGAUGCAACCGAGAUGUCAGAUUUUCUUGUCCCCAUACUUGAUUUUGUACCAGAGAAAAGACCCACGGCAGCACAGUGUCUUAACCACCCAUGGCUAACUGGAGGUCCAACACACCCUGUGCCUUCUCCAGUAGUUAACUCACUUCCACCAGAUGUCCCGGAGAAAGGAAACAUUAUGGAGAAAGAUGAGAGGGAAACGAUGGAAGCCAGAGUGGGGAAUAUGGCCAUUGAUGGAACUACUUCAAAGUCAGCAGCAGGGGGGAAGGCUUCUUCUCAAUCUGCGGUUAACACGACAAUGAAAAUAUAGGAUUGGUGGUUUACUGAUUUCUUUUUAAUGAAUUGGUAUGAGCGGCUGAUUUCAUUAUGAUUCUUUUUCGGGAUAAGCGGAAAUGUUCAUGAACAGUUACGGUUGAACUUAGAAUUGUUGUAAUGUGUACAUUUGAGAUUCAAGUGGUUUGUGUCAAGUAAUACAGACAGUGGGGAAGAUGAGAAAAUUGAUGUUUAUCUUUUUGCAAAUGCCAAAGCUCUUCCAUUAAGCUUUAUGCAUAUAGGUAGAACUUUAGAACAGUAGAAGACAAACAAUUUAUUCUACAUUUUUGUGUCGUAUGGUCACAUCUAUUGUUGAGCUAAUGUCCAGCUGCUUCUGAUGUUCUAUUGUUGCCACAAAUACUUGUGUAAAAAAAUGUUUCUUUCAAUGUAAAAAAAGGAGAGGAUUGUAUCCAUAAAUACUGUCAAAUUUGAA